CUCGAGCAAACUUGAUCGACCAGCAGCCAGUCAGUGUGUGAGUGGUGCGUGAAGCAGAUGCAGAAAAGUAAAGAUGUCGUACUUCUCAUGCGGCAGUGUAAUAUGAUGAUGAUGAUGAUGAUGGAGUGCUGAGAAAAUUCAUCCAGAUUUCGGCUCCGUUGUGCGUGUCAAAGUGUAAAGUGAAACAACAGUGCGUGUGUGAGUGUGAAAUAAACAAAAUCAAAAAGUGUGGAAACCCCCCAACACCACUGUCCCGUGGAAAAGGGUGCGUGUGUGUUGUGUGCCGCCCGGCCUGACAAGCGGGCGCGCAAGCGAGAGAAGUAGGCUGCGUUUUUCCUUGUUUUCCUUUUCUGCUUGACAGACGCACAGCAACUUUGCUCCCCAUUCAUCCAUCCGGCUCCCACUUUUGCGAACGGUGGGUGGAAGAGUGUGUGUGUGCGUGAGUGUAUCAGCGGAAGAGUGUGUGCGUGCGUGUGUGUGUGUGAAAGAGACAGCCCCGAUUGCAGGCGGGGUUGUGCGACGGCUGUGGUGGUGGUGCUGCUGCUGCUGCUGUGGUAAACGUCAAAAUGGCGCACCAAAUGCUCGCUCCGUCCGUGAACUGUUCACUGGAUGAUAUCGAUCUGAACGCGCUGAAGGAUCCUGCUGGAAUCUUUGAGCUGAUCGAAGUCGUCGGAAAUGGAACAUACGGACAAGUGUACAAGGGUCGCCACACAAAGACUGGACAACUCGCUGCCAUUAAGGUGAUGGACGUCACCGAGGAGGAGGAGGAGGAAAUCAAACUGGAGAUCAACGUAUUAAAGAAAUAUUCCAACCAUCGCAACAUUGCCACGUACUAUGGUGCAUUUAUCAAAAAGACGCCCGCCGGCAAGGACGACCAGCUCUGGCUGGUGAUGGAGUACUGCGGGGCCGGUUCCGUCACCGAUCUGGUCAAAUCGACCAAGGGCCAGAGCCUGAAGGAGGAGUGGAUCGCGUACAUCUGUCGCGAGAUUCUGCGCGGUCUGAGCUACCUGCACACGAACAAGGUGAUACACCGCGACAUCAAGGGCCAGAACGUGCUGCUGACCGACAAUGCCGAGGUGAAGCUGGUCGAUUUCGGUGUCUCGGCCCAGCUGGACAAAACCAUCGGCCGGCGGAACACGUUCAUCGGUACACCCUACUGGAUGGCACCGGAAGUCAUAGCUUGUGAUGAAAACCGGGACGCGACGUACGACAACCGGUCCGAUCUCUGGUCACUAGGUAUUACCGCGCUCGAGAUGGCAGAGUCGCAGCCACCGCUGUGCGAUCUCCAUCCGAUGCGUGCGCUCUUCUUAAUCCCGCGCAAUCCGCCACCGCGCAUGAAGUCGAAGAAAUGGUCGAAGAAGUUCCACAGCUUCAUCGAUACGGUGCUGGUGAAAGACUACCACCAACGGCCUUACACGGAGCAGUUACUGAAGCAUCCCUUCAUCAAAGAGCAACCAACAGAAAGACAAGUUAGAAUACAGCUUAAAGAUCAUAUCGAUAGGUGUAAGAAGCGUAAGCAGGAGAAGGAACGCGACGACUAUCGUUACUCCGGAUCAGAAAACGACGACGACGACGGCCAAACGGCCGGCGAGCCGUCGUCCAUCAUACAGGCGCCGGGCAACGAUACGCUGCGGCGUACGUUCCACCAGAUACAGGAGGGCCGAAUGCAGAACGCCGAACAGCAGCAGCCACCGAAUCGCAAUCAGAAACCACAACCUCGUGACGAGCGAAGUAAACCGCAACCGGUGGAGGAACCGGGUCCACCGUCGAGACCGCAGCUGCCCCAGCGUCUCAUAGUGGUGCCGGACCCGCCGGCCAACAGCAACGCCAACCGACCUCUGCCACCGACACCGCGCAGUGGCAGCGGCUCGUCCUCCCAGCCGCAACAGCCAUCGUCACAGACGCCGCAGCAACCGGCGCGCAAUCAGCAAAACUUCUUCAAACCAGUGCUGCCACCGAGACGACCUGAGGAACUGGACAUGUUGGCCGCACAACUAAACGAACUGGGCGUCUCCUCCCCCCCGCAGCAGUCGCAGCAAGCGCAGCCGGAGGCACCGCCGCGGAACAAUCGGCCCCAGCCCGGACCGCCCGUGCCCGGAUCGCAACAGCAGCAACAGCAGGUCAGUGCAGGUGGGGUUGGUGCCAGCGGCGUCGGCAAGGCGCCCGCCAUCGCACCGAACGGCAACAAUAACAGCAGCAAUGGGGCCGGCGGCGGCAGUGGCGUUAGUGGCAACAUCAAUAACAAUAACCAUCAUCCGCAACCGAUCAAUCCGCUCGAUCCGAUCGAAAGCUCCGACUCGGACUCGGAACCAGAGGAACCGAACGGCCGAACACGAAACGACGGCACGCUUCUGGCCAGCGAUCCACCGAUGCCACUUCCCGAAUUUUCCUAUAGGACGGGUGGCUUGGGAGUGCUCGCCGAAUCCGACCAGAACAAUCAGUCGUCGUCGAGUACGCCGGCGGGCGGCGGUGGCGGCGGUGCCAGCGGAGCCAGUGUCCUGUCGCCACCGGGCGGCGGCGGUGGUGGACCCCCGAACCGACCACUACCACCAACGCCGGACGACGAUGACGCGCAGGGCGACGGGACACUCAUCAAGCGGAACUUCGACAAUAAAUCAACCCCGUCCCUCGGAACGACCACCACCUCGUCGUCCGCGUCGACCGGCUCGACCACCCACUCCGAGAGCGACGAAGCCGUCCUGCUGCGCGAUUGGGAUUUCGAGCGGUUCUUCCCGUCGAACGAGCGCCCGAAAGCGGCCCAGCGCCACUCGAUGUCCGACAAGACGUCCUCCUCCUCCUCCAACUCGCCGGCCGACUCGAACGGCCGGCUCCGUCCGCCGAACGCGAUCGACAAUAAAACGCGCAAGGAGCUGGCCAACUCGACCGCCUCCUGUGGGAUGAAAAAGCCCUACCCGCACCAUGGCAUGAACCUGGCGUACGCGGAGAAGCGCAAGGUCGAGGAGAUGAACAACAAGAUCCGGCUGGAGGAGCAGGUGAAGCACGAAAUAUUCACCCGCCAACGGUUGCAGUUCGAUAAGGCGUCGUCACCCUCGAGAGGCCCGGGAGGGCAACAGUCUCAGCAGCAGCAGCAGAAUGCCCACAAACGCCAAGAAUCGGACUCGCGGCUGCCGCUCAAUUUUGCCCGUGCCUUCCGGCGCGAAAAUUCAGACUUUUUCCCACUGUCCAAGCGCCACUCGGCCAUUCUGGGCGAAGCGACUGCCGACGCGAAAUCAAUGGCCUCGGGUGGCGGCGGUGGUGGUGGUGGUCAGGGUUUGCAACAGCAGCAGCAGCAGCGCUCCAGUGCGAUCUUUUCACGCAGCAGCCGCAACAAGUUUGAGCCCAUCUUGACCAACUUCUCGCUGACCAAUCCGUCCGGCAGCGAUGACGAGCGGCGGUCGUCCUCCUCAUCGCGACAGACUCCACCACGCCACGGUCAGCAGGACGGCGGAGGAGGUGCAAGAGGAACAGGAGUAGGAGGAGGAGCAGGAGGAGGAGGAGGUAGUGCCGGCACACCAAAGGAAGGUGGGAACGGUGGGCGACAGCCGAGUCCACUGGCAAGCGCACAGGUGACACCGCGCAACAUGGACUUCUUGCGUCCGCGGCGCGAAAAAACUGAAUCCGUCAUCUUCGUACGUAACUCGCCCAACCGGCCGCAGCAAUCGCUGCUGUUUGAUGGUCAACAGAAGAAUCGCUCGGGUGAGAAUAGCAGCCUCGGUACGCCCGGUCAGCGAACGAGCAGCGUCCUGCCGGAUCUACUUAGUCAAGCUUCACCGGCGACGCCUCCAAGACAUGACAAGUCCGCCAGCGAAGAGUACCGGGCCGCUGUUAACGCCUCCGUUCAGUCCAACCUCGUCCCUGGUAGCAUGCAACCCAAAUCCUUCCUUCCAGCUCCAAACAGUACCAAUAGCGCAACCAACACCACCACCACCAACAACCUAAGCGCUGCUGGCCCGGCUACUACUACCCCCGGCAGUCGGGGGAACGCUUCGCCCCACUCGACCGUGUCGAACUCGUCGUCCUCCCGCAACAACAGUCCCAACCAUUCGAUUAACACUAGACUCCUAAGCAGUAGUAGUAAUAGUAGUAGUAGCGCGGUCGUCGUUAAUCAUAAACUGCUCAAUAACAAUCAUUUACUACCUCCUCCCUACCAUCAACAAUACCACCAACCAUCGCCCCACCAUCAUCAAAUGCAACAUCAUCUGCCAAUGGGGACGAUGCCGGUGCAUCUGCUUCCCGGUGCGAAUGGGAACGCGAACCACCAACAACAAUCGUCCGGUGCCGCACAACAACCAUCGCCACAACAACAACAACCGCUUCCGGUGUCGCCAUUCUCGCUCGCGCUACAACAGAAGCAGCGCAGCUUCCUCACGUUCGGCUUCGGCGCACAGUCAGGUGGAUCGGCCGCAUCACGGCGCGAGAGUCACGUGAACGUGAACGUGACGCCAACGUCGCACGAUGCUACGAGUGAUACGCCCGAAAUACGGAAGUACAAGAAGCGUUUCAACUCCGAGAUACUGUGCGCGGCCCUGUGGGGUGUCAAUUUGCUGAUCGGCACGGAGAACGGGCUGAUGUUGCUCGAUCGCUCCGGCCAGGGCAAGGUCUACCAGCUGAUAUCCCGUCGGCGGUUCCAGCAGAUGGAGGUGCUCGAAGGCCAGAACAUACUGGUGACCAUCUCGGGCAAGAAGAACCGUGUCCGCGUCUACUACCUGUCCUGGCUCAAGUCGAAGAUUCUGCGCACCGACGGGCUGACGGAUCAACAAGUGGAACGCCGCAACGGCUGGAUCAAUGUCGGUGAUCUGCAGGGUGCAGUGCAUUUCAAGAUCGUCAAGUACGAGCGGAUCAAGUUCCUCGUGAUCGCUCUAAAGGACUCGAUCGAGAUCUACGCCUGGGCCCCGAAGCCCUACCAUAAGUUUAUGGCUUUUAAGAGCUUCGGAGAGCUGAUGCAUCGCCCACUGUUGGUCGAUCUGACCGUGGAGGAGCAGACGCGGCUAAAGGUCAUCUACGGGUCGGCGGAAGGUUUCCAUGCGGUCGAUCUCGACUCGGCUACCGUUUACGAUAUCUAUCUUCCUAAGCAUACUCAGGGUCCAAUUUCGCCACACUGUAUCGUAACGCUGCCGAACUCGAACGGUAUGCAGCUGCUGCUUUGCUACGACAACGAAGGUGUCUACGUCAACACGAUGGGCCGGGUGUCGAAGAACAUCGUGCUGCAGUGGGGCGAAAUGCCAACCUCCGUCGCGUACAUCGGCACCGGCCAGAUCAUGGGCUGGGGCAACAAAGCAAUCGAGAUUCGUUCGGUAGAAACCGGCCACCUGGACGGUGUGUUUAUGCACAAAAAGGCGCAGCGUCUCAAGUUCCUGUGCGAGCGGAACGACAAGGUUUUCUUCAGCAGUGCCAAAGGCGGCUCAUCCUGUCAGAUCUACUUCAUGACGUUGAACAAACCGGGCAUGGCCAACUGGUAGAGCACAUAAAUCGCCUAUGUGUGGUCAUUUGGAAAAUAGGAUGAGUUAGAGCCCGAAAAUCGAUAAGGAGACUGUGUGUAACAGUUAGUUGUAGAAGAGAGACAUAGAAACAAUUCUCAAUGCUCUGCUGCUUGUGCAGCAGUAUCGUUGCAAGCACCACUCACCUACAGGAUACACACAAAGGUAGUAGAGUUGCGACGGAACAAUACAAAACAGCAGCAGCAACAGCAACAAAAGCAACAAAAUAAUAAUGAAAGUACAGUGCGCAGGAAAACUUUUUACUCUAGAAAUAGUAGCAAAACAUGUAAACUAAUGAUUAGCCGACGAAGCAGCAGCAGCAGCCGAACCGAACAAAACCCAUCAAAGUGGAAAAAAAACAUCAGCAAAAAAGCACAUAAUUGCCGAAACAAUUAUGAUACAGCAGCUGAAACACACACAAACAUACAGAAAUGAAACUAGAAACGAAUUAUAGACGAGCAGUAUCGAACAACAAGCGGAAAGUGAGAGCAAACGCUCUGACCGAAGUAGACAACGCGGAAUAGAUAACCAAGUUAGGUAACAUUAUUAUCCGGGGUUAGUAGUGGCGCCAGUGCGGCGUACCGUUGGGUGGCAAAACACAUGGUGCAAUUAGUUACACCUCCCUCUCUACCGCCCCUUGUUGCAUCGCAUUUUGUGCAAUAGGGUUGAAGUUAGCGAACGCGUCAUUCAGUGUGCAUCGGAUGACGGUGAUGACACCGUACCAUACACAGCAGCAAUCCUGUCUUAUGAGCGUAUUACCCCAGCCAUUAGUCCGGGGCUGUGCGAUCGCUUUCAAAUGACCCGCUCCGCGGUUGCGUUAGAAUUGUUGUUGCCCCCGUUUGGUGCUAGUGUGUGUGUGUGUGUGUUAUGGCAUACCCGCGCACGUUGCAUGUUGCAUUCUAAAUGAUGCGACAGAUGCGAUCCCGUCGUGUAUCGGUUUUUGGGCAUUUUCCCUCAUCUCUGGUAUUAUUCAGGUUAGCAUUUUCUAGGUACACGGUACAACCGAAAGCCGUGAGAGGUAUAUAUCGGAAUAGACAGAUACACGAAAGGAAGGGGUGGCAAUCAAUUAUUAUGCGACACUGGGUUGACGUAGUCGAAAUCGAAGGAGUAAAAAGGAA